AUGUCAUCCACCCCAGUCACCCCUCAAACAAACUCUUCAUCGAAAGUAACAGUAUCAACUAGUAGAGAAGUUGCAUUAGAACAAGAACUUUCUCAAAUAACUAACAUCAAUGCUGUUUUGGAACAGUUUCUUCAAACCAUUGAAAAAGUCAAUGGUGAUUUGAAUCAAAUUAAUAAUGGUGCUACAAAUACCAUGAUUUUGAUGAAUAAAUGGACAGAUAUAAUGUCACAAGCUGAUUUUACUCUUGAUGUGAUCAACAAUAGUGGAUGGAUACCCAAUGAUGAAUACGAUAAUGAGUUUGGAGAAGGACAACAACAGCAGCAAGACGACAAUGAAGAUGAGGAAGAAAUUGAAGCUAAAUUACGUGCUCUCGAACAAGAAAAUCUUGAGAUUAGUAAAAAGAUUGAAAAUCAAGCCAAGGAAAAGAAUGCUAAAAUGAAUCGUGCUAGAGAGAUUGAUAGUAAAAGAAAAAGGGAAUUGGGAUUGUUUAAUGUUAGAAAGAAAGCAUCACGUUAA